AUGAGGGACCCGUACUUCUGGAGAGCUGUUUUGGGUGCGCAUAACCUCUGGAAACUCGGCGAACACGCAGCAAAAAGAAAUAUCAGAAGGAUCACAGUGCACCCAGAAUUUCAGACAGAAACAUUUGAAAAUGAUAUUGCGUUAUUUGAGCUCCGCUCCGCAGUACGUUACAGCAACUACAUUCAGCCAAUCUGCCUCCCCCCUACCCACCUUUACCGGUACCUCGACAACGAAACAGAAUGCUUCAUCAGUGGCUGGGGCCGUACAGCAGAAAAAGGCAAAACGUCGCCCGUGUUAAAAGAAGCACGAGUGGAAAUCAUCCCCUCCAGCAUCUGUAACGGCUCUGACGCGUACGGGGGGGUCGUCAACGACAACAUGAUCUGUGCUGGCUCUCGCUCAGGGGGAACCGACACCUGUCAGGGGGACAGUGGAGGGCCUUUGGCGUGCUAUCACUCCAGCACCAACACGUACUACCUCAUCGGCAUUGCCAGCUUCGGAGUUGGCUGCGGCCGAUCCAGAUUUCCCGGGAUCUACGUCCGUUUGUCUCAGUACAGAGAGUGGAUCAAAACUCAACUUCUGCUGCGUAACGCGGCCGUGAACCCCGUGAGCGCGGCCCUCGCCCUCCUUCUGGCUGUGGCGGGCGCAGGGCUUGCGUGGAGCUAAAGGGACAAACCAUCGUGUCCUCGCCGCGGAGGCCUGGUCUCCCUG